AUGAAACAAUCGUCGGUGUUACUUGUCUGCGUGGUAGUGACACUUCUGAAAAUACUGCACACAGAAGCACAUUUUAAACCUAGACACAUGGACCCAUCGUUGUCAUCGCCGUUAGGAUUCCAGCAAAUAUCCUCUCUAUCAACAUUCGGUCAGACCGACUUAAAAACUUCACUAGCAAUACAAAAAACAAUAGCUUUUAUGACUAUUCUACAGUCACAUCCGAAGUUACUAUGCAUCGUCCCGCCAUUUUUAAUAGUCGAAUUUCUCACACAACUGUCGUGCAACCCGGCGAUACUUAACGCCAUACCACACAACAUGUUAACGGGAUUCAUGACCUCGUUGACGACCGUCCCGACACUCGCAAAUGCCAUACCUCCAUCGGUGUUUGUAUCGAUCAGCAACUCACUGUCCAUUGGAACGUCCGAUGCCACUGCCACGGGACCGGCCGAAUCGCCAAGACCCGAACUCAUCCCGACUACUUUGCCAGGCACAUCGGUAAGUGCUGAAGCUACCGCCGUCCUAACGCCGUCCGCCCCAUCUCCGGGACCAGUACCAAACGUGCCAGGUAUCUCGGUCACGAAAGACGUCACAGCUUCUAUAUCGCCGGCUGUUCCGUCGUCGGGUCCAGCACCUAACUUGCCAGGUAUCUCGGUCACGAAAGACGUUGUCGCUUCUAUUUCGCCGGCUGCCCCGUCGUCGGGACCAACACCAAACUUGCCUGGUGUGUCCAUCACCAAAGACGUUACAGCAUCGAUAUCACCGAUUUCACCUCCACCAGCGGCCCCCGUCUUACCGGCAGAUUUACCCACGACCGAUGGAAUACCGCCACCAGCGGUGCCUUUAGCGCCAACACCGCCUUUAGCGCCAACACCACCUUUAGCACCAACACCGCCUUUAGCGCCAACACCGCCUUUAGCGCCAACACCGCCUUUAGCGCCAACAGCGCCUUUAGCGCCAACAGCGCCCUUAACGCCAGCCGGACCUUUAGCACCAGUCGAACCAUCGGUACCGUGUAUAGAAGUGCCAGCCAUUGGAUCACUGCCAUCACUACCAGAGUUACCGCCGAUGCCGACUCCGUCACUGUCACCGCUGUCCAUCCUGUCAUCGCUGUUUAAUAAAGGAUCAGGUAAUAGCCUGUUAGAAGCGAAAAUAGAAGCCAUACUUAAACUUUUUGCGAGUGGCAACUUAAAGUUACCACAACUGCAUUUACCUGAAUUGGGCAGUGCAGUAUCCACAAAACCGAUAAUACCUAUUAAGCCCCAUCCAUCCCAGGUGUUUAUCCUUGUACCCGCCCCGCAGCUAGGCAAGCCAGAAAUACCAUCCGCACAGGCGACCAAACUCUAUUAUAAACCAGGAUCAAUAAACCAGAUCCUCGAUUUUGUUCAUCAACGUCUAUUCACAUCUCCUCAAAAACUUUCCUUGCCAAAAAUUAACUUGCCAAAACUCAACUUACAAAAACUUAGCUUACCAAAACCCACUCUUCAAUUUCCGUCGGUGCCCGCGCAGUCUAGCCCCAUAAAAUGUCUACCCAUCUUCUCCAAAGUUCCUUGUUAA